AUGACGGCGGCGACACCCGUGGCAGACGGGGAGAAGAAGGGCUUCAAGCUCAGCCCGAAACACCUUUUGGCGAUACACAACUUCAAGAGAAUCUUGACAUAUGGCACAAAAUGGGACAAGAUAGUGCUUGCAGCCUCGACAGUGUCGUCCGUGGCCACGGGCCUGACGAUACCGUUGAUGGUUGUCGUCUUUGCCAGGCUCAUUGGCAUAUUCACAGACUUUUAUCGCCAGGGGUCGACCAUGACUGGCGCCCAGUUCAGCAAAGAGGUUAACCAGUGUGUUUACAACAUCAUAUACCUCUUUGUGGCCAGGAUUAUAUUUUCCUACAUCUCCAACCUCGGCUUCCGCAUGUUCUCCCUGCGCAUCUCUUCCACCAUCCGCACCGUAUAUCUCCGCUCUCUUUUCGCCCUCCCCAUUUCGGUCAUCGAUGCCAUCCCCGCCGGCCAGACGGCCGCCAUCGUCACCGUCACGGCGGGUCUGCUGCAGGUCGGCAUUUCGGAAAAGCUGGGCGGCGGCAUAGCGAGCCUGGCCAGCGUUGCCUCCAGCGUCGUCGUUGCCCUCGUCUUCAACUGGCUGCUCACCUUUGUGACGAUUGCCGGCUUGGCUUUCAUCGCCAUUGUCUAUGUCAUUUUCACGCCUUUGGUAGGCAAAAAGGCCCUCGAGGUUCACGAGGCCGAUGUCAAGGCCUCCAGCAUCGCCACCGAAGCCUUUACUUCCAUCCGCAUGCUGGCGGCUUGUGGUGCCGAGGACAAGGUCGCGCGCCGUUAUGCGGUCCAUGUGGACGAGUCGUACCAAAAGGGGCUGCGGAUGGCGUGGCUUGUGGGCGUCCAACAGAUGUUUGUCUUCUUUGGCGUAUACGCGACCUUUGCUCUCGCCUUUUACUUCGCCUUUCGCAUGUACAACACCACCAUCACCACGACUCCCGAGGACCUCAUAGUUGUUCUCCUCUGCGUCAUGAUGAUGGCGACCUCCAUCGGCCAGAUCACAGCCCCCCUGGCCGCUGCACAACAGGCAGCCGAGGCGUGCGGCAUCUUCCAUACCAUCAUCGACUUUCCCAAGCCGGUCUACGGAACCGCCAGAGGCGAGCAUGAAGUCCGGGCAGACGGCGACAUUGUCUUGAUGAAUGUCAACUUUGCCUAUCCCACCCGCCCAGAGGUCAAGGUGCUCGACAAUCUAUCCCUGGUGUUCCCCGCCGGCAAGGUGACUGCAAUCGUGGGUCCAUCUGGCUCGGGCAAAUCCACCAUUGUCGGCAUCCUGGAGCGCUGGUACGAGUUCAACGGCGAUCCGGUCGCAAACCCACUGGUUCUUUACCUUCGCAACGGAUUUGUAUCCGUAGGAGGGCGUCUCCUUACCGAGAUCGACGUCAAAUGGUGGCGCAACCAGAUAGGCCUGGUGCAGCAAGACAAUGUGCUCUUCAAUACGACAAUUUACAAAAACGUCGAGCACGGGCUGAUCGGCACGUUGUGGGAGCACGAGAGUGACGAGAAAAAGGCCAUGCUGAUUGAGACUGCAUGCCGGGAUGCGUUUGCCGACGAGUUCAUCAACCGUCUGCCCGACCGCUACCAAACAACCGUGGGAGAGUCGGGAAUCAAGCUCAGCGGAGGCCAGCGCCAGCGCCUCGCCAUCGCGCGUGCCAUCGUCAAGCAGCCCAAGAUCCUCAUCCUUGACGAGGCAACCUCGGCCAUCGACGUGCGCAGCGAACAGAUCGUACAAGCCGCCCUGGAGCGGGCCAGCCGCGGACGCACCACCGUCGUCAUCGCCCACCGUCUCGGCACCGUCAAAAAGGCCGACAAGAUCGUCGUCCUGAGCAAAGGCCAGGUGGUGCAGGAGGGCACGCACGACGAGCUGCGGAGGCAAAGGGGUAGUGCGUACUACAUGCUGGCCAACGCGCAGAGCCUAGACGUCCGUCGGCGCUCGAGCAGGAUGAGCAUCGACCAGACUCCGGACGAAGAGGAUGACAGCGGUUAUUUUAGGGCGACCUCGCUCCACGAUGGUGACUCUUACCAUACGACCCAGUCUUCAAACUAUGGAUCGGACGAAGAGGACGACUUUAUCGAGAGGCCUCGUGCGCGUGCCCGUGAUGAUGUCGGCGUGGAAAUGUCGACCAGCACACUCCACACCGCGCAGUCGCCCACAUCAGAGGGCGCCCCCGACGACGCCGCAAAGGUGCAGGUGGUCGAGAUUCAAGAUCACUGGCUUGGUGGUUUUGCAGAACUCUUGGCGGAGCAGGGUUCGCGGUGGAAGUUGUAUUUUGUCAUUAUCAUAGGAGCUCUUGGAGCAGGCGCAAGCACGCCUGUUCAAGCAUACCUCUUCGCAACGCUCCUCAACCUCUUUUCCUUCAGGGGUGCACAGGUGAACCAGCUCGCCAACUUCUUCUGUCUGAUGUUUGUGGUGUUGGCAGCGGGCGUUGGCAUCAGUCAUUUGUUCCUGGGCUGGUCGACAACGCGACUGGGCUUCGGCUUGACCCGCUUCUACCGCAAAGAAUACUUUAAAAACAUGAUCAGCCGGCCGGCGUCUUUCUUUGACGAGGAGGACCACACAGUUGGCUCGUUGACGGCUCGGUUGGCCACAGACCCAACGCAGCUGCAGCAACUCCUCGGCGUCAACAUGGCUUUUGUGCUUGUGUCCAUCUUCAACGUCAUCGGGUGCUGUAUCGUCGGCUUCGUGUUCGGGUGGAAGUUGACAAUCGUCUCUCUGGCAUCGACCAUGCCCAUAAUCGUGGUGGCCAUGGCCUAUCGCGUGCGGCACGAGGUGCGCCUCGAGGCUGAAGCAAGCAAGGUUUUCGCCGAAGGCGCUCGAUUCGCGUCCGAAAGCAUCGCAGCGAUCCGGACCGUGUCAAGCUUGACCAUGGAGGACGGCGUUGGAACCAGAUACGAAGAGCUGCUAAACAAACACGUCCGCGGGGCUUUCCGCAAAGCUAAGUGGUCGUUGUUGUUAUUUUCCUUUAGUGACAGCAUUUCAUUUCUCUGCAUGGCUUUCGUCUUGUGGUACGGUGGUCGACUGCUGGCCAGUCGGGAGUACAGCCCCUUCCAAUAUGUGAUUGUCUAUAUUGCCGUCGUUCAGGGUGCCAUGAGUGCCGGACAAUGGCUGAGCUUCGGUCCCAAUAUCGCUCAUGCUACCGCCGCAGCCGACCGCGUCCUGGAUAUGCGAGAGGCCGACGACGACAUGGAUCGCGGCCUGGCUCUGAUCGACCCCAACGAGGAUGACCUGCUGGACGAAAAGGAGGGAGCCGAAGUGGAGCUGCGCGACGUGUGGUUCAGCUACCCGACCCGACCGGGGACGAUUCUCAAGGGUCUGGACAUCAAGGUUGAACGGGGACAGUUUGCUGCCAUCGUGGGCCCGUCGGGCUCAGGAAAAACGACGGUCAUCUCUCUGUUGGAGCGCUUCUACGGCGCCGACUCGGGCCAGGUCCUGUACAACGGCCACGAUGUGCUGGAUCUGGAGCCCUCGGCGUACCGGUCCAACGUGUCGCUCGUGGCACAGGAGCCACAUCUGCUCAGUGGUUCGAUGCGCGACAAUGUACUGCUCGGCAUUGAAGACGAGUCGACCGUGGUUCAUGCCGACAUCUACGCCGCGUGUCAAGAGGCAGGACUGCACGACUUCAUCUCGUCGCUGCCCGAAGGAUACUCGACCGAAGUCGGAGCACGAGGUGUGGCUCUUUCGGGAGGGCAGAAGCAGCGUCUAUCCAUCGCCCGUGCUUUGAUCCGCCGUCCGGCCCUGCUGCUGCUCGAUGAAGCCACCAGCGCCCUGGACAGCGAGACGGAGAAGGCGGUGCAGGAGACCUUUGAAGCCACCAAAGGCAGCAGAACAAUGAUUGUCGUCGCCCAUCGUUUGGCAACCGUCAAAAACGCAGAUGUCAUCUUCGUCAUGGCAGACGGGAAGGUCAUUGAGCAGGGUAACCACGCCUCGCUGCUGGAAAGGAGAGGAGUCUACUAUGAAAUGUCCGGGCUAGAAAGAACUGCUGAGCUUGCGUCUUCAUCGACCGUCGUUCCUGCAGUCGAUGCCACAGAAGGAACGACAGUGUUGUCGGAGAGUUCCUUGAAAAUGUCUCAACUCGAUAUCCCCAGCCCUGCUUCUGCCGUCACUGAUGAAGUCGACAGUCACGACGAGUCUCCAGACGCUGACCACCACAGCCAGCACUCGUCUGCGGGUGAGGAGCCCUGCCCCAAUACGCCCAACUUUGAGCCGAUUCCCUUGCAGACGCAAAUCGACAUGGGAAUCGUACGCCUCCCCGAGCCGAACGGCCUCAAGAUCCUCGUAGCGCCCGCCGCAUACAAAGGUUGUCUCCAACCCGACAUGGCUGCCGAUUGCAUCAGUGCCGGCAUCCUUUCGGUUGUGCCCGACGCCCGCAUCCGCAAGCUCCCUUUGAUCGAUGGUGGCGAGGGCUUCACCCGCGGCAUCAUCGCCGCCACGGGCGGUAGCAUCCAUCAAGUUGUGGUUCCCGGUCCACUCAACGAGCCAGUUCAAGCCUUUUUCGGUAUGAUCGGUCACUCCAACCUGUCGACAAAACCGACGGAGCAAAAGGUCAAGACUGCCAUCAUCGAAAUGUCUGCCGCCGCAGGCCUCAGUCUAGUGCCCGUGGACCGUCGGAAUCCAUGCGUCACAACUACAUAUGGCGUGGGCAGGCUCAUCCUGGCCGCGAUGGAAGCUGGUGCACAGCGAAUCAUCAUGGGCUGUGGGGAUUCUGCCACCUGCGACGGUGGUGCCGGUAUGCUGCAGGCCCUAGGCGCAGAGCUGCUGGAUCGAGAGGGUCGAUCGUUACCCAUAGCCCAGGGCGGAGAGUCCAUCCUGCGAUUAUACCGUAUUGAUACCGCCGGUGUGGACGCCCGUAUCGCCGACGGCUCCGUGCAAAUCGAGGCUGCCGUCAACUGGAAGAACGUACUCACUGGUCCCAAGGGCCAGGCCCGCAUCUACAGCGAGCAAAAGGGUGCGACUCCCGACCAGGUAGAGUUGCUGUCGAGUGCCAUGGACGCCCUGGCCUUCGCGGCUGCCCGAGGUCUGCAUAGCACCCCUGAAAUUGUGGGGCAGACACCGGGUUCGGGCGCGUCGGGUGGCAUGGGCACGGCGUUGCUGCUUGUGGGUGGUAGGCUCCGCGCCCGCUGUGAUGUGAUGGACGAGUUCCUCCCGCCGCUGGAUGCGCUCUUGGACGACACCACCGACGGUUUCGACCUGGUCAUCACGGCCGAGGGUGGACUAGACUACCAAACCCCGAGGGGCAAGAUGCCAGCAGAGGUGGCCCGACGCGCAAGCAGUCGCAACAUCCCGGUCGUGGCCAUCGCGGGGACCAUCGGUAACGGUGCGGCCGAUAACCUGUCGGUAGGCAUCAAGGCCUACGCUUGUAUGCUACAGGGGCCGUCGACUCUGGCCGAAGCCAUGGUGCCAGCAAAGGCAAGGCAGCUACUGGAGGAGAGUGCUGCCAGCGUCAUGCGGACGAUACUGGUUGGUAUGCAGAUGGCAGAGGCAAAAUCGGCCAGAGAGACCGUCCAGAACAAACACGCAAUGGAUGUGGCAGGCCUCGGUGUCGUUCGUUAUCUUUGA